UAUCGAAUCACAAAACAUCCUCAUAAACAUACGCAUAAGUUUUCGAAUCCUAGGAGGUCAAUGCUGCAAAUGCUGCCUUGAGGAGAGACUAUGCGGAAUUUGGUCGAUCGGGUCCACGGAAUGACUUCCGAAUGCAGCCUGCACUAGGCCCACGAUUCGUUAGUCGGUUUUGAUACCUGACUGAGUCCCUAAUACGGAAUAUAUCUACCUACCCUUCCCUUGUGUAACCUAACUCCAUCCAUCUGAACUCCAAAACUUGGCAUCCUCCCUUCUAUUCUAGGCAUUUAUAAGUCAUUUUGGGUGUACAAUCUUGCAAGAACCAGGCAUCUCCCCUUCAUUAAAUCCAUUGACACCCAAAAUGGUUCGAGUUUCGCUGUCGGGCACGAAUCCUCAGGGGGGUAAUGGCCAGGAGUUGACGUUGCCAACGCGACCGAAAGACGACAGUUCGGAUACUCUGAGCCUAGAAAUCCAUCCCCUUGAAUCUGCUGAUGGCUUGAUCGUCACGGUACAGCCGCCAAAGCAGCCUAGCGACCCCAAGAUGGACCACGUUCCCUGUGAUAUCGUCCUCGUCAUCGAUGUCUCCGGGAGCAUGGGUGAGAGCGCGCCAGUUCCAACUAAUCCUGGCGAGACUAAGGAAGAUAAUGGUCUCUCAGUCCUGGACCUGGUCAAACACGCCGCCCGCACUAUCUUGGAGACUCUAGGGGACGGAGAUAGACUUGGAAUAGUGACAUUCCACUCCGAGGCGCGCGUCCUACAAGAGCUGAUCCCCAUGGAUAAAAACAACAAAGAAGAGGCCAAGGAUAACAUCGAGCGCAUGGAGCCUGAAACUGUGACUAACCUGUGGCAUGGCAUUCUUGAAGGGAUCAAACUCUUCAAGGGCAGCGAGCCUAGCCGUAGAGUGCCUGCGAUGAUGGUCUUGACCGACGGCAGGCCCAAUUUCAUGUGUCCUCCGCAAGGUUAUAUCCCCAAGCUUAGGAACAUGGAACAGCUGCCGGCCACGAUUCACACUUUCGGGUUUGGAUACAAUCUUCGCUCUGGUCUUUUGAAAUCGAUCGCUGAAUUCGGCAACGGUGAUUACUCAUUCAUCCCUGAUGCUGGCAUGAUUGGCACUGUAUUUGUUCAUGCCGUGGCAAAUCUUCAGUCGACCUUUGCCAACCAUGCCACUCUGAGGCUGACAUACCCGAGCUACAUGGAACUGCAUGAGACCACGGGCGAGUCGGUCGUGACGCAAAAGCCAGUCCAGCUCGGCGAAGACGAAGGGUCCCGGAGGCAGCUGACCAUCUCUCUGGGGAACCUCCAGUACGGCCAAUCCCGCGACAUCUACCUGCGCUACGGAGAUGCCCCCGAGCUCAGGGGCGCCAUCAAGCUCGCUCUAGAAGGCGAGCCGCAGCCCGAGCCGCCCAUCGUCAAAGCGGUGCUGGAGUACAGCCCCUUCACCCCCACGCGCUCCGCCCUCGAGGCCUCCACGCGCCGCAGCAUCGCCGACUUCACCACCACCAUGACGCCCGCCUCGAUAGCCUACCACAAGUCCCGCUCCGCCAUCGUCUCCUUCAUCUCCUCCCUCUCCCCCCUCCGCGACGACGGCGAGCACGUCCCGGCCAACUCCCUCGGACCAAAGGAACACGACGACCUCGCGCGCCUGACAGCCGACCUCCCCGCCGCGCACCCGCCCGCGGCCUCGGACCCGCGCAACCGCUCCCUGGUGUCGGACCUCUGCGGCGACGCGCCGCGCGGCCAGGUGCGGCUGGCGUGCAAGCCGGAGUUCCUGCCGCGCUGGGGCGCGCACUACCUGCCCAGCCUGGCGGGCGCGCACGCACGGCAGGUGUGCAACUCGUUCAAGGACGCCGGCCCGCUCGCCUACGGCGCCGACAGCCCCCUGUUCGUCCGCUGCCGCGACCGCCUCGACGCUGCCUUCGACGGGCUGCCCGCCCCGAGGCCGAGCAACGUGCCGCGGGGGCCGCGCGGCGGCGCAAAGGUCAUCGACAUGAGCUGGUAUAACCGGUCUAGCAACCCGUGCUUUGCCGGCAGCUCGAGGGUGCUGCUCGCCGCCACUACCACCACCACCACCACCACCGACGAUACCCCCGGCGUCGGGGGCAGCGGAGGAAUCCCUACCAAAGGUCCGCCGGCGCCGGCGGCGGGCGACAGCGCAGGAGCCACCGCCCCGCGGCGUUCGACCAUCAGGAUCGGCCGCCUGCGACCCGGGAUGAGCGUGCAGACCCCCCUCGGCCCCCGGCGCGUCGCGGCUGUCCUGAGGACGCGCGUCCGCGGCGCGACCCUGUGCCUCGUCGGCGGGCUGCUGAUCACGCCCUGGCACCCGGUCUCGCUCGGCCACGGCGGGUGGGCGUUCCCGGCGCGCGUGGCGGGACGUAGGGCCGUCAGGUACACGGGGACGGUGUACUCGGUGCUGCUGGAGCGGGAUGCGGACGUCGGCGCCCAUGCUGUUAUGGUUGAUGGGGUCUGGGGGGUCACGCUUGGGCAUGGGCUGGUGGGUGGUGGUGGGGACGGGGACGGGGUGGAUGUGAGGGCGCACCGUUUUUUUGGGGACUAUGAGUUGGUGGCGAGGAGCCUGGCUGGUCUUAAGAGGGGGAGGAAUGGUGUAGUUGUUGGUGGCGGUGUCAAGAGAGAUCCGGUGACCGGGUUGGUGUGUGGGUUCAAACGUGCUCCUUUGCCGUCCCGGAGGACCCCGACACUGGCGAUGAGGAAGAUGGCAACCUAUGCUUGAGCAGCAUUGGACUGCUCGGGUCAUUUGGUAGUCUUGCGACUGUAUUUAGCAGUUAGGAAUGCCAUUUCUGGUCUAUCAAAGGGUUAAGAAGCAUAAGCUAGCUUCCACUAUUGACUUUCUCUUUCCUUCCUUCCUUCCCUACCCCGGGCUCCUGAGCCUCAGCAUCAUGCCCCCAUGAACUUCUUGCAGAUUUCCUCCUCCGUGAACCUUCGCGUAUGUCUCCGAAGAAGGGCAGCCCGCUCUUCCAGAGUCAUUGAG